CGGAGGCGGCGCGGGGCGCGGCGGCCAGGCCACCCCUCCGCCCGGAGGCGGGGACGGUGGAGGCGCCCUAGGCCUCGACGUCGGGACCGCGCCGCCCGCGAUGGGAAGCGCCUUAUAAGCCUGUGGCCGCGCCACCCCCGAGAGCGCGCGGCCCCCGGCCCCGGGCGGGCCCCUACCGAGCCGGCCUCCGGACAGGUUAACGGAGGACCUCGGCCCGUCCCCGGACUCGGGCGAACCCGGACCCCGGAGAAACCCCGGAUCGCUCCAGCUCUGGACAGACCUCAGACGGACCCCGACCCGGGAUAGAUCCCGGCUGCAGACGGCUCCCGGCCCCGGACGGACCCCGGACAGAUCCCGGAUCGCUCCGACUCUGGAGAGACCUCGGACGGACCCCGGCCCCUGAUAGACUCCGGCCGCAGGAGGACCCCGGACAGACCUUGGCCCGGAAUAGAUCCCGGCUGCAGACAGCUCCCGGCCCCGGACGGACCCAGCGCGGACCCCGGCCGCGGGUGGACUCCGGCCCGGGCGGGCGUGCCCCUGCCGGCCGGGGAUGCGCGGCCCGCGGCAUGGCCUCGGCGGUGUUUGAGGGCACGUCGCUCGUGAACAUGUUCGUGCGCGGCUGCUGGGUGAACGGCAUCCGCCGGCUUGUCGUCAGCCGGCGCGGCGACGAGGAGGAGUUCUUCGAGAUCCGCACCGAGUGGUCGGACCGCAGCGUGCUCUAUCUGCACCGCAGCCUGGCCGACCUGGGCCGCCUGUGGCAGCGCCUCCGCGACGCCUUCCCGGAGGACCGGCCGGAGCUGGCGCGCGCGCCGCUGCGCCAAGGACUGAUCGCCAUCAAGGAGGCCCAUGACAUUGAGACCAGGCUCAACGAGGUGGAGAAGCUUCUCAAGGCCAUCAUCAGCAUGCCGCGCAAGUACUCCAGGUCAGAAGUCGUGCUCACCUUCUUCGAGAGAUCGCCCCUGGAUCAGGUGUUAAAGAGUGACAACGUGCAUAAGAUCCAGCCCAGCUUUCAGAGUCCGGUGAAGAUCUCAGAAAUCAUGAGGUCCAAUGGAUUCUGUUUAGCAAAUACGGAAACGAUCGUUAUUGACCACAGUAUUCCGAACGGCAAAGACCAGCUCGGGGCUGUGGACCCCACGGAGCACCUGUUUGAGGGCGGGGGUGAACUCCCUGCCGAGCUGGGGGACGGGGACGACCCGGCGGCCUACGUCACCAACCUGUCCUACUACCACCUGGUGCCCUUCGAGACGGACAUUCUGGACUGAGGCCCCCCGGGCGCUGCCCCCAGCCCACCCAGGACUUGCUCCCUCGAGCCUGGACGGACCACAAGUGCCUGCGAGACGGCCCGGGCCAGGACUGGACACCCGGCCAGCCUCCCCCAGGCGCCUUCCCUGGACCAGCGCACAGGACAUUUCAAGUGAGACUGUGCUGGGUCCCCGGGUUCUGGACGACACGGGGGGUGUUCUCUCACCCAGGUUUCCCAGGACCAGAAUGUGCGGCUUCCAGUCCUGCCUCCUACCUUCUUCCCAGAAGCUAUGGGCUUCCUGUCAGCCCAGGGGUGUUGGCGGAACGUUGGUCGUGAGUGGGGUAUCGGCUGCGGGCACGGGGGACCCGCUGACCGGUGCCCACAUGGGGGACACAGAGAGGAUGGAGCCCACCCGGCCUCCUGCGAGGGGUGAGGACGCUGGGGCCCCGGGCGGCCGGGGGCCAUUCCCCUGCCUGUCACCAAGCUUGCAGUGAUGCAGCCACCACGUCAGCCUGAGAAGACGGGAGCCGGGAGGUCACCAAGUGUCCCUGGCGGGUGCCCGGCUGCCCUCGGGGAGGGUCUGGGUUCUGCGUGUUCAUCUCCUCACAGAGUCUACUAAUGACCAGAAUUUGCUUGUGUAAAUAAUAGUAAAUUAUUGAGAAUCUUAAUUCUUUUACACAGUCUGUUUUUAAAUCUAUUUUCAUGAAAUAAAACACAUUGCUCUCCUCUAA